AUGUGGAAGGCUGCUAAUACAAGUCAUUCAAAUGCUUGGGAAAAAAUUAUGUAUGGGAUAAAGAAUGUAAGUAAAGAGGCAUUCAAGCACCUUUGGAAGAUCCCACCAAGGUUCUGGAGCAAAUCAAAGUUUACAACUGGUCCAAAGUGUGAUACUUUGGUGAACAACAUGUUAGAAGCCUUCAACUCAGUUUUUGGAGAUGAAAGAGGCAAGCCUGUUGUGACUAUGCUUGAAGAGAUAAGAGUGUACCUGAUGCAAAGGUGGGAGUCCAACAGACAAAAGAUUGCUAAAUGUGCUGAUACCAUUAUGCCAAAUAUCAAAAAGAGGUUGGAAAAGGAAUCACAAAGAACAAACAGUUGGGUUGUUAAGUAA